AGCCCACCUCGCAGCUCGCCUGCCUAUUCCCGAAUUAAGAGCACGCAAGCUCGACUUCGUGAGAUAUUUAGAGCCGCAAUGGAGGACCUCCGGGCGGUGCAGGUCAACCCCUCUCCACCGCCCUCCUCCUUCCCCCGUCUCUCCGGCGGCGCAGGUCAUCCCCUCUUCACCGCCUUCCUCCUUCCCCCAUCUCUCCAGUGGCGUAGGUCAGCCCCUCUCCAUCGCCCUCCUCCUUCCCUUAUCUCUCAAGCGGCACUGGUCAGCCCCUCUGCACCGCCCUCCUCCUCCCCUCAUAUCUCCGACGACGCAGGUCAACCCCACUCCACUGCCCUCCUCCUCCCCCCAUCUCUCCAGGGGCGCAGGUCAGCCCCUCUCCACCGCCCUCCUCCUUCCCCAUCUCUCCGGCGGAUCCACUCCUUUCUCCAGCCACCGCGACCCGCCGCCCAUCGCCGGCCUCCCUCUCUCCGGCAACCUCGGCACCAUCUCAUCCCACCUCAUCGACGGCGGUGGAGCUGAGUGAGGAGAAGAAGCAGGUCGGUGGAUUAGGAGAAGAAGCAGGCUGAGUCAGAUGGCAGCGCAACCUCCCCCUUCCCAUGAGCAAUUUCAAUGUAGAGAAUGGCCUUCCAAACAAGCUUGAGAAUUGAGCCUCUCAUGCAAAGUCCAAGAAUCAAUUGUGUGAACAUCCAAACACCGGAAUUUGGAUGAAUGUCAAUACCAAAGUCAGCUUGAUUUGAUAUUGGGGCCAAUUCAAUUCCAAGGCCCUGAAUAUCAACAUCCAAACGAGGCAUUGGUUUUUUCCCUCCCAACCAUGGAGCAUCCGAGAAGGGCGUUUUCCCACUGUUGCCUAAGGUGAUAACAAUUGAUGCAUAAAAAGGGGUCAUAUCCACUUCGGUGCACGGGUUGCCCAGACCAACCCACAUUUUGGACAGAUCCUUUCAUGCCACUGAAGGCCAUCUUAAUCUAAGAGCUCUCGCAAACUGAGGGACAUAUAGCGAAGUGAUGUGGUAGAUGACUUGCAAGGUGAGGACCGAUUUCACCAAGGUCGCACGCCCUAUGAUGGCGAUGUUCCUCCCUUGCCAGGUCGGACCGAUUCAACUCGAAACGGUGAUCUAUGUUGGAGUGGUAAACUCUAAACAUUUGAGACCGAUUUAAAAAUCCGCGUUGACGAUGCCAUUGGCGCACAAGCUGGCAACAGCCGAAGGCAGCUCGGCCAGGCCGGGGCACACAUAUUUACACCGGACGGGAAAACGUUUCAUGGCACAUGCAGAUACGAAUUUACAGAUCGGCGGAGCUCGUAUCACCAUCUAAUUACGCUCAAUCGUGUCACAUCAUAUCAUCGAUGAGAUCAUGACGCAUCAAAAGGGACUGGUGGUAUUUAAGAGGGGAGAUCCUCUGUCCAGUCCUCGGCCGCGACAGGCAGGAGGGAGUGAAUAGCUCUCCCUUUUGCGGCAACAGAAGAUUUCCGCUUUACUCGCCGCGCGCGUACAUGCGAUCCGGCACGUGUGCCGUGUGGUAUCCGGUCCCGUGCCGUAUCCAGAUCCUGUGGAUCCCUGCACAGCUGCACUAGGAUCUCCCGCGCUACACUACCUUUGUAUCUUCCCCGUCGCCCCUGACCCAGCAUAUAAACGCACCACCCUGCAGGCUGGCCCCUUGUGAUUUCAAUAUCGGCGCGCGUAUCUUUCUUCUAUUCUAGCGAUCGACGCGAAGCUUUCUGAGAUGUCGAGCGUCGCCGGAGGCGUGGUUGGGACGACGGCCGUGUUGCCGGGGGCCGGCGGCGGCGCGCCUCUUCACGUUCUCGCCGUGGACGAUAGCUCCGUCGACCGCGCCGUCAUCUCCGGCAUCCUUCGCAGCUCUCGGUUUCGUGUGACGGCCGUGGAUAGCGGGAAGAGGGCCCUGGAGCUGCUAGGAUCGGAGCCUAAUGUGAGCAUGAUAAUUACGGAUUACUGGAUGCCGGAGAUGACGGGAUACGAGCUCCUAAAGAAGGUCAAGGAGUCAUCCACGCUGAAGCAGAUCCCCGUGGUGAUCAUGUCCUCGGAGAACGUGCCGACAAGGAUCAGCAGAUGCUUGGAGGAAGGCGCAGAGGAUUUCCUGAUGAAGCCCGUCCGGCCGUCCGACGUGUCGCGGGUGUUCAACCGGGUGCUCCCAUGACAAGAGGCGGCGGCAACGGUGUGGCUGCGGUGAAACCAUUCGUUCACGCGAGCUUCUUUUUGGUCACCUUGUGUCAUGUUUUGUUUAGACAGAGAAUCUCGAGUGAAUUGCAAACAGUAGGUGUUCUUCGUUUUUGGUUUUGUUAGUGUCUUCAGCCGGUCCAAAAGCAGCAGCAGUUCUAUGGAAAAUUUGUUGGGUGGUGCUGUUACUCUACUUUUUUUUUCUUUUCGAAUUAAGAUUACUUGUUUGGUUUUGGUUGGAGGAAAUUGAAGGCCUUAACAAAGAGCUCAUUUUGGUUGGUUUU